ACAGAGGAAGAAUCAUUUAGAGGCAGAAAAACAGUAGGUUGCUCAGACUUAAAAGUUCCAUUUAUUUACAGACCAAAACCAAAGUUACCCUUCAGCAGAACUAGUGUUGAGAUAGGUUGGCUAUUUAAUGAGGGAUAUAAAUAGUUUAUUUUGUCUUGACAAAACACGCAACUUUCAAGAGUUCUUAACACAGCUACAGCAGAACAAUAUCAGAGGAGAAUUAGUCACCAAGACAAUUCUCAAACAUAAGCAGCAUACAUCUUUCAAACCAAGUUUCUGAGACUCUAAAACUUCCAACAUGGCGGUGUCCUGUCAAAGUCUACCCGAGGUUCGACGCUCCAUCAUCGGCCAGACACUGAUCUUUGCCUCGCUGACUUUACUCCUCUCUUGGUCCUGCCCGGCUCUAGGCAAGAAGAAGCUCUACAUCGGUGCCCUCUUCCCGAUGAGCGGAGGCUGGCCCGGUGGCCAAGCAUGCCUCCCUUCCGCUCAGAUGGCCCUCGACUUGGUGAACAAGAGAACGGAUAUACUGCCGGAGUACGAGCUGGAACUGAUCCACUACGAUAGCAUGUGUGAUCCAGGUGAAGCCACCAAGCUCCUGUAUGACCUGCUCUACACUGAGCCCAUCAAGAUGGUACUGAUGCCCGGCUGCAGCUCUGUGUCCACUUUGGUAGCCGAGGCCGCUCGCAUGUGGAACCUUAUAGUGUUAUCCUAUGGCUCCAGUUCUCCAGCUCUCUCCAACCGUCAGCGCUUCCCGACAUUCUUCCGUACCCACCCGUCUGCCACCCUCCACAACCCCACCAGGGUUCAGCUCUUUCAGAAGUGGAAAUGGACUAAGAUCGCCACCAUCCAACAGACUACGGAAGUCUUCACCUCAACGCUGGAUGAUCUAGAGGCGAGGACCAAAGAGGCCGGGAUAGAGAUCAGCGUUCGCCAAAGCUUCCUCACUGACCCCGCCCCAGCUGUCAAGAAUCUCAAGCGGCAAGAUGCCAGAAUCAUCGUGGGGCUCUUCUACGAGACGGAAGCCAGAAAAGUUUUCUGUGAGGUGUACAAGGAGAAGCUCUAUGGGAAGAAGUAUGUCUGGUUCCUGAUUGGUUGGUACGCAGACAACUGGUUCAAGAUCAAAGACCCGUCAAUCAACUGCACCGUGGAGCAGAUGACGGAGGCGGUGGAGGGUCACGUCACCACGGAGAUCGUCAUGCUCAACCCAGAGACCGUCCGAGGGGCCUCCAAUCUGACGUCUCAGGAGUUUCUGAACCAGCUGAUGUCUAAGUUGGGGGGUAAGAACCCAGAGGAGACGGGGGGGUUCCAGGAGGCCCCUCUGGCCUACGAUGCAGUGUGGGCCCUGGCUCUGGCCCUCAACAAGACCGUGGGGCCCCUGAAGGCCAAGGGCCGGAGGCUGGAAGACUUCAACUACAACAACCGAGAUAUCACCGCUGAGAUCUAUCGUGCCCUCAACACCAGCUCAUUUGAAGGAGUUUCGGGCCAUGUUGUGUUUGAUGCCCAGGGUUCUAGAAUGGCCUGGACUCUUAUUGAGCAGCUCCAAGGAGGCAGCUAUAAGAAGAUUGGAUACUUCGACAGUACUAAAGGCAAUCUAUCCUGGUAUGGGAAUGACAAGUGGAUAGGUCCAGGCCCCCCAGCAGAUCAGACCGUGGUUAUCGAGGUGUUUCGGUUCCUCUCUCAGAAGCUCUUUGUCUCUGUGUCUGUGUUCGCUGGCCUGGGGAUUCUACUGGGAAUAGUGUGUCUCACAUUCAACAUCUACAACAGCAAUGUCAGGUACAUCCAGAACUCCCAGCCCUACCUGAACAACAUGACGGCAGUGGGGUGUAUGAUGGCUCUGGCUGCUGUCUUCCCUCUGGGCCUCGACGGACACCACGUACACAGGAAGCAGUUCCCCGUGGUCUGCCAGUUCCGUCUGUGGCUGCUUGGCCUGGGCUUCAGCCUGGCGUACGGUUCUAUGUUCACGAAGAUCUGGUGGGUCCACACCAUCUUCACCAAGAAGGACGACAAGAAGGAGAAGAGGAAGCAUCUGGAGCCGUGGAAACUCUAUGCCACCGUGGGGGUGCUGCUGGUCAUCGACGUCCUGUCACUCAUGAUCUGGCAAAUAGUGGAUCCUCUACACAUCACUGUGGAGAAGUUUGUGAGAGAGGCCCCUAAAGGAGAUCUGGAUGUUCUGGUCCAACCUCUGCUGGAACACUGCAGCUCAGACAAGAUGAAUACUUGGCUUGGGGUGGUGUAUGGUUAUAAGGGCUUGCUGCUGCUCCUGGGGAUUUUCUUGGCUUAUGAGACCAAGUCAAUAUCAACAGAGAAGAUCAACGACCACCGUGCUGUGGGCAUGGCCAUCUACAACGUCUCAGUGCUGUGUAUGAUCACGGCUCCCGUCACCAUGAUCUUGUCCUCGCAGCAGGACGCCUCGUUUGCCUUCGCCUCCCUGGCCAUCGUCUUCUCCGUCUACAUCACCCUGGUGGUGCUCUUCGUCCCCAAGAUGCGUCGUCUGAUCACCCGAGGGGAGUGGCAGUCAGACACCCAGGAGACCAUGAAGACACAGGGCUCAUCCACCAACAACAACGAUGAGGAGAAGUCCAGACAGCUGGAGAGAGAGAACAAGGAACUACAGAAGAUCAUUCAGGAGAAAGAAGAGAGGGUGUCAGAGCUACGAAACCAGCUGGUGGAGCGACAAGCCCUCCGCUCCCGAAGACGACCCUCCACAGCCAACCAGAACCACAGCACACCCCUUCUCCCCAUCCCCUCGAACAACGACCCCAAAUCCCUCAUCCCCCCACCGGGGUACCCCAACCCCGCCUCAGACAACCACUCCCUCCCUCCAUCAUUCUCCAACUCCUCCAACCUCUAUCAACCCGAUGGCAAGAUCAGUAGAAACAACUGCCACACCAGCCGGCUACAGCUCCUCUACAAGUAGAGCGAGAAGAUCUGAAGGAGAGAUGAGUAAAUGGGGCGCGUGGGGUAAGAGAUGGGGUAGCUUUUAGAGGAAGCGUGAGAACGGAGUGAGCAUCAACACAACAAAUGUGAGUGGGAGUGAGUGAAUGAGUAUGAGUCAGAGAAAGUAUGUUUA